AUGAGCAUCAUCCCCCACGCCGCUAUCGUAGCGGUAGCUAUCAUUGGAGGAUUAGUGGUCCUAUGUGCCAUAAUUGGUUUGAUUGGGUUUCUGGUGCAGAGAUGGAGAAGACGCGCGCCGAUGGAUAGUAUGCAGGCGGAUUUGGAUAUGAUGCCGUUGGAGGAAUUGGAAGGGAGGAAAACUUUUAAUGGACGUUUGUGUGCUUCUUCUUCUCUGGGGUCGGUGGUUUCUCAGAAGGUUUAG